AUGUCUCUCGAAUCAUUACCUACGGAGCUGCGCAUCCAUAUUCUCCAUUCCCUGGACAAGCAGUCUCUACACAACGCCGUCCUUGCCUCCCCUACCUACCACCACACCUACCUCCUGGCCCGAAGAGCUCUGCUUCACGACCUGGUUCGUUGCCAUUAUGGCCUCGUAGACCUGGCCGAGCCCGUCGCAGCGGUCCGCUCAGAAGGCCUGUAUGCCGACGUCUCCGCCAACAAGCAGAAGAUCAUCUCCCUCCUGGACCGUCGCCGGCGACACCGGGAGCUCGAACUCUCCCGCAAAGAUCCCUUUGCUGGUGCUCCGGUUAGCAUCGAGGAGAGCAUCAAGUUGCUGCAUCUGUACAACAAGCUCGAUACCAUUGUCCAGGCGUACUGUCGUCGUGCACCAUGCCCACCAUGGAUGGAUCAGGAUACCUGGAAACAGCAGUGCUUGCCUUUGCAACUGACGGAGACGGAGCGGGCUCGGAUUCUUCGCGCGUUGUGUCGACUACAAACAUACUAUAAUAUCGUUGGAGCGAGGGAAUGGGUGCCGGAGAACGAGACGGGGCAGUCGCGUUUCCGCAAGUCAUCGACCUGGUACCGCAAUUUUACCACGAAUGAGAUCUGGAAUCUGUUCUUUGGUACGAUGGCGCCGUGGGAGAUUGAGGAGUUCGGCUCUGUUUGGAUGUUCGUGAGGGAUCAAUACCAGGGGAUGUUUGAUGAGAUUGCGUGCGAGUUUCCGCGCUCUGAUCCACGAUGGAAGGCUCUCCGGCCUAAUUCAUUACCGGCGGAGAUGAUGGAUUUAUAUCCUAGUGAGGGUGACGAUGAGCCUGCAAACUACAGCUACAGCGACUACUGCAACCACCUCGUCUCCCUCGGUCCCUGCUUCCUCUACAAAGCCCUCAAACAACCAACCUACGAAUAUCGCCGUAACCUCCUCGCCCACAACGCCAUCGCCUCCAAAUCCUCCUUCAUGGACGUCGUCGAAGUAAUCAAAGACCCAUGUCCUCUUCUCUACCCCGCAGACAAAUACGAAGUCUCCGACAUAGCACGCGUCCUUCCCACAAUGCCAGCAAUGCAACAACCAACCCACGGUUGGAAACAGCACUGGCACCGCGACGGCAUCGUGGAGCGCGUCGUCUUCGCAACCCGUCCUCGCGUCACGGUCGACGAAGACACUCUGGAAGCAUGGCUGGGCGAGACCGACCUCGAACGCACGAUUGGAUACUUCGACGGAUGGGAAUGGGGGUACCCAAUCCUGGAGAGCAUGCGCUUUCCGGUGGGUUAUAUGAUGCCGUAA